AUUGAACAAAAGGAAAAUUCUGCAAAAACAGAGGAUUGUGAAAAGAUCUUUGAAGAUGAAGAGGCAUCUGACAGAGAACUCUCUGUCAAUGUUAAUGAAAUUGAAUCCUCUGAUGGAAAGGACACUAACAGUGUUCAGGAAGGCACACAAAAAAGAAAACUAGAGUUUCUGGAUGAUCCUGAAGUUAAGACUGCCAGUUGUGGAGAGGGCACUCUGUCAAAGACAAGAAAGUUGGAUAAUGAAAUUAUUCCUGAGGAAAGAGCUGCAGCAGGUGAUGAAGAGGGCAUUUCACGAACAAGAACGUUAGAAACUGAUGAUAAUUCAAAAGAUGAAACUUCUAAUGGUGGAGAUGGCACUCUCAAAAAAAGAAAAUUGGAAGGUGAAGAUGUUCCUGUAAAACGCAAACAUUUAGAAGAAGGACAUGGCUCAACAGUAGCUGCUCACUACAAUGAGCUUCAGGAAGUUGGCUUGGAGAAACGAAGCCAGAGUCGUAUUUUUUACCUUCGAAACUUUAAUAAUUGGAUGAAGAGUGUCCUCAUUGGGGAAUUUUUAGAAAAAGUACGACAGAAAAAGAAACGUGACAUCACUGUGUUGGACCUGGGAUGUGGGAAAGGUGGAGAUUUGCUGAAGUGGAAAAGGGCAAAAUUAGCGAAGCUUUUCUGUGUAGAUAUUGCUGAUGUUUCUCUCCAGCAGUGUCAGCAACGCUAUGCUGACAUGAAAAAUCACUGUCGUGAUCACGAGUACAUUUUCAGUGCAGAAUUUGUAACUGCAGACAGCUCAAAGGAGCUCUUGACUGAUAAAUUUCGUGAUCCAGAGAUGUGCUUUGACAUCUGCAGUUGUCAGUUUGUGUAUCAUUAUUCAUUUGAGACUUAUGAACAGGCUGAUAUGAUGCUCAGAAAUGCUUGUGAGAAACUUUGCCCAGGAGGAUAUUUUAUUGGUACUACACCAAAUAGCUUUGAGCUCAUAAAACGGCUUGAGGCCUCAGAAACAGAAUCAGUUGGAAAUGAAGUCUACACUGUAAAGUUUCAGAAGAAGGGGGAAUAUCCUUUAUUUGGAUGCAAAUAUGAUUUCAACUUGGAAGGUGUUGUGGAUGUUCCAGAAUUGGUUUAUUUUCCUUUGCUGAUUGAAAUGGCAAAGAAGUACAUGAAACUCGUUUACAAAAAGACAUUUUUGGAAUUCUAUGAAGAAAAGAUCAAGAAUGUUGAAAACAAAGUGCUCCUCAAACGAAUGCAGGCAUUAGAGCCAUAUCCAGCCAAUGAGAAUUCCAAACUUGCCUCGGGGAAUUUGGGCGAUUAUGAACAUGCUGCAAAAUAUAUGAAAAGUCAAGUUAGAUUACCUUUGGGGACCUUAAGUAAAUCUGAAUGGGAAGCUACAAGUAUUUAUUUGGUUUUUGCAUUUGAAAAGCAGCCAUGAACACAUAAAACAAAUUUAGUCAAGAAGAUGGUUUAUCCUACCUUAUACAGAUGUGGAGGAUUCACAAUCAGCACUAGCAGCUUUGUUUUAAAUUCUUUCUUUUCCGUUAAAAAUUUUUUUUCUCUUAAAUUAAAAAAAUUUUGAUGUGAACACAUAGGACCUUGCCAAGAACUAGAGCAAAAGAUGUGUGUCUGCCUUCCAGCUCCUGACUCUGGCAGAUAAAUUUUGUGUGUGUGUGUUGUACAUGAAAAAAAAAAUAAACGAGCUUGGACAUUCAUCUCUUAAAGCAAUUAGUUUGCUUUAAGAAAUGGUCAAGGGUGGGGAAACCUAUUUGACUUUUCACUGACUUGAUAGCUUUCAAAAAUUAUGUUACAGUACAACUUGUUAUUAAGGCAGCUGAGCCAUUACCACAGUGCUCCGGUUUUGUUUAGUAAUGUAUUAAAUUUUGAGACUCUAGGAUGUGGGGCAAGAAAUCCAAGUUGUAAGUGUGUUUGUGCACGCUCAUGCGUGUGCUUGCUUAUGUAUAGUCUUGUUAUGUUGUUUUCAGCAUUAAAUGGUUUUGCAUUCUGUAUAGUUUUGAAUGUUGGUGUUCCGAAUGUGUUGGUAAAAUAGAAGUUUUCAAAUGUGUAUUUUAGAACAUUUUAAAAUUCUAGGCAACUUAUUUAGACAGUUGCUACAAUAUUUAAUAUAAGUAGUAACCUACUACUACUAUAUACUACUAGUAUAGUUAAUAUUUUAGUAUGAGUAGUAGUUUGCUUAGCAUAACAUCCUUCCAAAAUAGAAUUUUUUAAAGAUGCAUAGCAUAGAAUUGUUUUAGAAUUUGUUUCCUACAGUAAUGUUGGCAGCUUUUUUUCUACUCCUUUUAAAGGAGAAAUAUGGGCUGCCAUCUAAAAUGUUGAUUGUUAGAACUACAAAUUCUAAGCUAUUGCUUAUAAUGGGUUAUAGAUUCCCCUCACUGAAACAAAUACAUGAUUGUGCUGAAACAUUUUUUAUGCUUUCUAAUGCAUCAUUAUUUGUAAAGAUUGUAUCUGGCUACUGUAUUUGAUAAUUAAGCCUCAAGUGGAUCCAAGUUGUAAUAUUCAUUUUUCUGACAAUUAAAAACUCACUUGACACACUAAACUACAAAUUAUUUUUUAUCUAAUGUUUCUUUAUAAAUGGGAUUACUUGAGCAGUAUAUAUGGUCAUAAAGUCAAUAUUUAGACAUUAGAUUGAUGCUUAGUGAAAUGUGGUGAUGAGUAGUAGUGUAAAUCAGUAGUGCCCUUUUGGUCCAGGCAUCCAUUCUAAGCACAGCCAUCAGGCUUGUCUCUGUCAGACCUAGCUAGAACAAAGGCAAGGGACAAGGGAGUAAGAAGGCAAAUAGAGGAGGAAAGGGGGUUUGUCAAAGAGAUACAGGGUAGUGAAGUACUAUUGAAAACGUCAGGUAAUGACUGACGCCUCUUCCAUAGGUUGUUUACCUUUUCCUUCACCAUAUAAUCACAUAUAUAGUAGAUAAAAUAUAUAACUUACUGCAUGGGGAGAAUUUUCUUGUAGGCUCUAUAACAAUGAUCCAGGAAACUACCUUUGUUUUUAUUUAGUGAAUAAGACACUAAUUAUAAUAACCAAGAAAAAUCUCUGAAAGCUAAGUAAAUGGUUAUUGUUACAUGAGGAUCAACAUCUCCAUGGGUGGUUGUAAGUAGAAGGAAUGUAAUUUCUGCUAUAGCCUCCAAAUAUCAAUUGCUUUCAUUUCUGAGGUCAGCUAACAAUAAUAGUAAAACACAUUUCUAUGGUACUUCAGUGUUUACAAGAUGAUUUCCAUGCAAUGGUUCUGUGGAGUAUGCAGGGUAAGCAUUAUCCUAUUUUAUAGUUGAGGAAACUGAUACUAAAGGAGUAAAUUUCUCAUGGUCAGACAGGAUUAGUGUCAACAUUCUGACUGAUUAAUUUUCUUUCCAUUAUACUGAUUCUCUGUGUUAUGAUUCUGGAAUUUUGGAGGUAUGCUUGGUUGUUUUCACAGUUCUCUCUCUUAUGCUCUGCCUCAAAUUAGUUUAUUAUAUUGUUGAUAAUGGUACUGAGACUUAAGAUUUUCUUUCUUCUGAUAUUUGUAAAUGUACCACAGCUAUAAAUAAAUAUGGGUCAUGAAGCUUGAAUAAUAAAAAUUGUCACUUUGUUGUGAGCUUA